GCGCGACGCCCCACUUAGAGAGAAAAUAUCGUUGCUUCUUUUCUUUCUUCUCUCUCUUAGGGUUAGGGUUGUGGGGGUGGGGAAAUGGCGCAGGGGAGCGAGCGGAUGAAGGGGACGGUGAAGUGGUUCAACGGAACCAAGGGGUUUGGCUUCAUCACGCCGGAUGACGGCGGGGAAGACUUAUUUGUGCAUCAAACGUCGAUCAAAGCCGACGGCUACCGGACCCUGACCGAGGGCGAGCAUGUCGAGUUCACGGUCGCCGAGGGUGACGACGGCCGUACCAAGGCCGUCGAUGUGACUGGCCCUGAGGGAGGAUCCGUCCAGGGUGGCGGCGGUGGAGGAGGCCGCAGGGACGGGUACGGCGGAGGCGGGGGGAGAGGCGGCGGGGGCCGCGCCGGAGGAGGUUUCGGCGGCAGGUACGGAGGCAGGAGUGGAGGGGUAAGGGGCUACGGCGGCGGAGGGGGGCUCUGUUACAACUGCGGCGAGGCUGGACACCUCGCAAGGGACUGCUACCAGGGCGGUGGGGGCAGCGGGAGGUACGGCGGCGGCGGCGGCGGAGGCGGCGGCGGCGGAGGCUCCUGCUACAACUGUGGGGAAGCUGGGCAUUUCGCAAGGGAGUGCCCGAAGUGAGGAUGGUUCUUUGACCCUUAUUUCCCUUCUCCUUAUACCUCCCUUCACAAAAGUAUUUGCCGUUUUGGAUUGUGAAUGCUGGGAUCUGUUUCCAUCUGGAUUCUAUCCUUUUUCUUUUGUGAUAUCUUAAACUUUUUAAUGGAUUGUGUGUUCUGGGGUGAUUGUUACUGAUGUCUGUGUGGGAAGCGAACAUGCUACAAAAGAUGGAUGAUCGCUAUACGCUUCCUUAAUACAUAGUUUGAGGCUUUUCCAAUAUAUGUUUGUGGCUGUUGGUGGAAUGAAGGCUUUUGUUUCAGUUUAA